AUGUCAAGGGCUUUGGAAAUCGAUAUCUUUCGAGGAUUAAACAUCCUUGAGAUGGAAAAUACAGAAUCUUGCGAUGAUUCUUUCUUCGAUCAUGCCAGCUAUGAUGAUAUGAAAAUGAAUUAUGCCGAUACAAUCUUCCCGUGUUUCUCAUUUAUCAGUGGAAUGCUUUUGAAGAGAGAUAAGGUGGUACCUGCCAGAAAAAGCAUACAAUUGAUUGGCCUAGGUAUGGCGUUCAAUUCUGUGCCAAUGCUUCUUGAAAAUGAAAAAUUCAGGCCUUUGGGAGUGUUACAAAGACAUGGCUUAAGUUCUAUUAUUCUAAAUAAUUUAGUGCCAAUAAAUUUUCGAAAUUCAGUUUUGUUUCCAUUAGCAAUGUCUGGAUUAUGGCUUGCAGUCUCUUUUGGCCAUGCCACUGAUAAAUCCAAACCAUUCGACAAUCAAGAACAUACUGCUCAGCAGAAAAUUGAUUCCAUAUUUUUUGGUGGACGUACCUAUCAUGAAAACUUUGAUCCAGAAGGCUUGCUUGGAUCUUUUAUGACAUCCGUCACUAUAUGGAGUGGGUACUGGUUUAUGCAACAGAAUUUAUCUAAUUUGCAUUCAUUUUUGGCAGGAGCCGGCUUCCUUGGAGCAGGCUAUUUGGUUAGCAAGGUAUUCCCUGCUCAUUUUCCUGUUUCAAAACCUUUAUGGACCCCUGCUUUUGCUUUAACUUCUAAUGGGUGGAGCAUCUUGAAAUAUCUCGCAGUGAAAAAUGCAAUUCCAUACUUGCCAAGCUUGGUUAAGAAUCUUUUAGCUAUUGUGGGUAAACAAUCUAUGGAGGUUUACUUUUUGGGAGAAAUCUUGCUAUUGAUACUGAAAUAUGAAUUUACUGAGAACACUUCCAUUUGGAAGAUGGCUCAAUCUGGACUAAACAAGAUAUUUAGCUCGGCAAUUACAAAGACCAUUCUUACUCUCACCUUUGAUAUAUCAUUGGUUGGAUUUGCUUACUGGUGUAAUGCUAACGGAUGGAAAAUCAGACUUCUUUAG